UGGAUGUGGGAGAGCAUCAUCUACAGCAUUUGGGCGCAGGACCGAAGCAUGCCCCAGGGCAGCCAUGACUUGCUCGGCGUCAGACAGCGAGAAGAUUGUGAUAAACUGCGGCGGGAUCCGACACGAAACCUAUCGGAGCACUUUGAAGACGCUGCCCGGGACACGCUUAUCUUGGCUUACCGAGCCCGACGCCUUCAGCAACUUCGAUUACGACCCUAAGUCGGACGAAUUCUUUUUCGACCGCCACCCAGCCACCUUCGCUUUCAUCUUAAAUUACUACCGCACCGGUAAGUUACAUUGUCCUAACGAUGUCUGUGGACCGUUAUUUGAAGAGGAACUCGCCUUUUGGGGCAUUGAUGAGACUGACGUGGAGGCGUGCUGCUGGAUGAACUACAGGCAGCACCGCGACGCAGAAGAGGCAUUGGACAGCUUUGAGACUCCUGAGCCAGACGUACCCGAGGAUGAUCCGGCGCUCACCGGCGGGGUGGACGGAGACCUAAAGCGGCUGUGCAUGCAGGAGGAUGGCCGCAAAGCGACUUGGUGGGAAGUAUGGCAGCCCAGGAUGUGGGCGCUGUUCGAGGACCCUUACUCUUCCAAAUACGCCCGGUAUGUGGCCUUGGCCUCGCUGUUCUUCAUCCUUCUCUCCAUUUCCACUUUCUGCUUGGAGACCCAUGAGGCUUUCAACACCAUCUACAACAAAACUGAGAAUGUCACUGAAGGCAACGUAACACGUGAGGAGAUUGUAUAUGAAGUUGUCACAGAUGGCUGGCUGACAUAUGUGGAGGGUGUCUGUGUCAUCUGGUUCACUAUUGAGGUGGUGGCACGCGUCAUCUUUUGCCCUGACAAGGCAGAGUUCUUCCGUAGCACCCUUAACAUUAUAGACUUUGUGGCUAUUGUUCCCUUUUACCUGGAGGUAGCACUUAGUGGCCUAUCCUCUAAAACAGCCAAAGAUGUGUUGAGUUUCCUACGCGUGGUACGUUUUGUCCGCAUCCUGCGUAUAUUCAAGCUAACCCGCCAUUUUGUCGGUUUACGGGUCCUGGGCCACACUUUGCGGGCAAGUACCAAUGAGUUCUUGUUGCUUAUCAUUUUCCUGGCACUGGGUGUCCUCAUCUUUGCUACUAUGAUCUACUACGCUGAACGUAUUGGAGCUGACCCAGAUGAUCCAACUGCUGCAGCCCACACCAACUUUAAGAACAUUCCCAUUGGGUUCUGGUGGGCUGUGGUGACAAUGACUACUCUUGGAUAUGGAGAUAUGUACCCUGAAACAUGGUCGGGAAUGCUAGUGGGUGCCCUCUGUGCUUUGGCAGGUGUGCUGACCAUUGCUAUGCCUGUGCCUGUUAUUGUCAACAACUUUGGAAUGUACUACUCGCUGGCCAUGGCAAAGCAGAAGCUUCCAAAGAAGAGGAACAAGCACAUCCCAAGAGCACCACAGCCAGGAAGUCCGAAUUACUGCAAGCCGGAUGCUCUGGCAAUGGCAACUGCUUCUCCACAUAGAUUAAUGGGCAAUGUACUUGGGCCAGGCUUGGUGGAAUCUGGCAGCAUGAUAGGCACUGGGGACUGCCCACUGGCACAGGAAGAGAUCAUUGAAAUAAACAGGGCAGACUCUAAGCAGAAUGGUGAUGCAGCUACCAAUGCAGCAGCUUUGGCCAAUGAGGACUGUCCAACCAUAGACCAAGUUCUCGGGGAUGAGCGCAGUCCAGUCACUGGAGGGCUUGGCUCUACCAUUAGUCGCGAAAGAUACCCACAUGACCGAGCCUGCUUUCUUUUGAGUGCCGGGGAGUUUCAGCGAACCACCGAUGGGAACGUUCGGAAAGUCGGAGGUGCCAUGAAUGGCUACUGGAGUGACAGCCCAUGGUAAAAGAAGAGCAGAUGCCAAAUGCCAGAUAAGAAGAAGGGAACAACGUGGAGGAAUAUUGAAAAAUGGCUGAGAUUAAAGGGAUUACAACAGUUUGAGUGCGCCCUGAACUGCAUCUACCUCUCGACAAAGAUGCACAGAUAUAAGAUUGAUACAUUUUUUUUUUGCUUUUUUUAGUCAUAAAGAAAGAGACCAAUAGAUCGUUUUCAUGUUAUCAACAUUCAUUAGCAUUUAUUUGUGUUACCAUCUUUUUCAGUAUUUUUGAUUUCAGAACAAACUAUUAAAGGAUA